AGCACAGGCGACGAGACGAGUUUUCUGACACGGACAGUCGAGUUGGGCAAAAUGUCUUGAUUCUGGAACAACAAAACUUUAUCAUCAGCGGUGACAUACUGCUCGUAUUGAGGAAAAAAUCGCUAGCCGUUUUGUUAAAUUUGGAUCAUUUCCAAACUCGGUUAGAAAAAUUCUCCGUAGGGCAGCCGCGCAAGCAAAAGUGGUUUGUGUUGCAAAAUCAAUUCAACCUAAAUGAAAGAUAAACUCGUGAAACUAGCCUAGAUGAGGCGAAAUAAAGUGUAGAAAAAAGUGAUACCACCAUCGGCAUUCGGAUUAAAGUAAAGAAGCUAUAAUGAGUAUUAUGAUGCUGAUUAUGGAAGAUAAAAUUGCUUUUGCAAGUGCGGUGCAUUAGGCGAUAAAAUAGUAGGUUCCGUAAAUAAUCUGCGAUCUCGCGGUGCGGUUGAACAAACCAGAAAGCAAACAUUACAAACAAAACUUGUGGAUUGCAGGACGGAGGCCUGCUAGCGCCAAUCUUUUCUCUUCUGGCAGGACAAAUCGUAUCGAAGCUUUGGAAAAGAACUGAGCUCUUGGACUCUUUGCCCCGUCGUAAUGAGAAUGGUGCAAUAACAACGGAGGAAAGAAGAAUCCCAACACACACAGGACCCAAAAAAAAAAAGGAAUCAGUAGAAGAAUUGACAACAUCAUACGCACAACUGUGAAUUGCAGAAGGAUUUUGGUGGUACACAGGCGCAUAAAGCUUUCGGAUCCCAGUUCAGCUUAAAAGUAAAUUUACGAUCGAAAUAAGUUUCUCUGCCCAGAGUGCUAUUUGAUAACAGCUUCCGAACACAUCAUCUAGGCCAUACGAAUUCAGUGCCAAACUAUACCGCUUAAGAUUGAACGGUUACGGACAUUAGAGCGACGUUAGAAUAUAGUUUUAGACACAUUAACCAGAUAAAACUACUAGUCAUUUAUUUAGAAAGCUAAAAACUGAAGGAAUUGCUUUCAGACGACACUUAGGUAUUUGGAUAUUAGUCACUGACUGGCACGACGAGAUUUUAUCAGAUAGAUACUAUACCAGGAAAGCGCCGCCAAGAUAAAAAAAAAUCGAAGAUAAGCGAAUAUUCAGCGUUUGUGUGUAACAGCGAUAAGAUAACGAGGCACGAUAGUGUUGAACGUAUUUUUGUUGAGAUUAUCUCUCAUUAGUAAUGCCCAGAUCCAGUUCGGUUUGAUGCGUAGCACACUAUAGACUCCUAGGGAAUGGGUAACAAAAAUUCGUGCUGCUCGUACUCGAGUCCACCGCCGACGCGGAAAACCAAGGAGACGCCAGUGUUCGAGGAGCAUUUGCCUGAAGGUGAACUCUCGACUAAUAACUUGCAACACAUCUCAGAGCGGGAAGGUGACGAUGGUGAGCAUGACCCAUCGGUAGAUCCCUCGGCGGGGACAAUGUUCCUGGAACGAUCCAAACAAAGCCUAGAGAAUGGAAUGACCAGGAAAAGGUCUCAGCAUCAGAUAGCUCCCCAGGGAGGAACCAUCCUGAAGAAGAGUAGUUCUUGUUCGACCAUCUAUUUAGAUGACUCGACUGUAUCACAGCCGAACCUCAAAAAUACGGUGAAAUGUGUUUCUCUGGCAAUUUACUACCACAUCAAAACCCGUAACAGCGAGCGACGGAUAGAUAUCUUCGACGAGAAACUACAUCCGCUGACCCGGGAUCCGGUGCCGGAUGAUUACGACCAGCACAACCCGGAACAUCGACAAAUCUACAAAUUCGUUCGGACGCUGUUCAACGCCGCCCAACUGACAGCGGAAUGUGCCAUCAUCACUCUGAUAUACUUGGAAAGACUACUAACGUACGCCGAGCUAGACAUCGCUCCAUGCAACUGGAAACGAAUAGUUCUCGGUGCUAUCCUGCUCGCCUCGAAGGUAUGGGAUGAUCAGGCCGUGUGGAACGUGGACUACUGCCAGAUCCUGAAGGACAUCACGGUUGAAGAUAUGAACGAGUUGGAAAGACAAUUUCUCGAAUUGCUACAGUUCAACAUCAACGUACCGUCAUCGGUGUACGCUAAGUACUACUUCGAUCUGCGAACGCUAGCGGAAGCAAACGAACUCUCAUUCCCGACUGAGCCCCUCUCGAAGGAACGGGCCCAGAAACUGGAAGCCAUGUCCCGGGUAAUGCAGGACAAAGCUACCGCGGAAGCACUGAAGAACGGCAUGAAAAAGUGGUCCUCCAUUGAUAACAUCCACCAGCAGGGCAACGUGCGGCGUAGUGUGGCCAUCCUGUCGUGAUUUCGUCGGAUCGUGGACGUGUGGUGUUUGCGUGUUUUAUGUAUUGUUCAUCCUAUGCCAACUCUGGGGAUAGUGUCAUGUUAGAUAGUGACAUUAGCGGUAGAACCAGCAUCAGUAGUAGCUGGUAGCUCGGUCUUACCUGUUAUGUGAGGCCAAUUUUCGUGAUGAUGGGCAUCGAAAAGCAAGGAAAGUCAAAAAGUGAAACCAGACGAAUAACGUUAGUAUAUGUAUGGAUAAGGAUGAGGAGAGCGAGAUGAUUUUACAUGUAUUUUGUAUGUAUUUUUUAUGAAAGACAAGCAAAUCCUGAAUCAAAUCCAACAAAACUAUUUUAUACGAGAUCUUUCGUGAAAACAUUGCAAUUUUUAGCAGUUUAAUGCAUGUUCUUAUGAUCGCUGAAUGAAUAUUGUUGUCUACAAAGGAACCUAUUUUGUCUUUACUGAUGAGCUGCGUCUUUCAACUGUUCCAAGAAAGAAAACAUGAAUUUUGCUUUGAAGUAGUUACACUCGAACACAUAGCUUUUUAAACAAAAUUUAAUCCAUCGCAACGUGUGGAAAAAAAGAUUCACUGCCCAUAUUCGUAUUGUAUCCCUAAGUGGAAAAUUGGCAUGUUGAGAAAAGGACGCUUCCAGUUUUAUUUAAAAAAAUUUUUAAUGAUUUUAGUACUAAAGGGGAAAUUUAGUACUGUUGCAGGAAGUAUUCGUAGCACAUCGUAAAUAUUUCGGUGCUACUUGUAUAUCAUUUGCACAGAAUGGGACGGAUAUCCGGGUAUUUCGCGAAUGUGACAGUCAAGAGGUGAUGUUUUCUCACAUUUUACAGAAAAAAAAAUAUUUUUGAAAUUUUUGAACAUAUAGUAAAAACAGACUUCAAUCGUUAAAUGUAGGAACUAUGUGGUGGUAUUUUGUUAUGAUCUGUUAUUCUUUCUUAUUAAUUCAGUUUCUGUUACUAUUAAUUCAGUUAUUACUUAUUAUUUGGGUGCCGCAACGUAGAGGCUCUGUACCAGUGAAACAGAUUGAUUGAAUCUCACAACUCUUUUUUGGGGUUUAGUUUCCUUUUAACAUUAUCUCGCAAAUAUUAUAACAUUUUCUUGAAUCUUGAUUAUUUCUAUAUUUCAUCAAUGUAUUAUUCAAUUAAAAUCAAUUUAUUUUUUUUAUUAAACAUGUUGUCAUUUCCCCCAUGAUACCUAUCUUGUGGAUUGUGUUGUAAUCGCAUAUUGGACUCAAUUUCUUAGGAAUCAAUAUCCAAAUGAUCUAUUUCAGUUUUAUGAACGAAAUGAAUGUGUUCAGUUUCACGCGAGUAUUUUCAAUUUCUUUAAUCGCGUUUCAUUGUCAUAUUUCAAGCUUUUCUAGGUCGAUUUAUUUUCAAUAGAUCCUUUUCCAAAUUUUUGAUCCUGUUUUGAAUUACACUCGCUUAGACUACAGCAGAAGAAAACGGGUAUCAUAUUCGAUUCCAAUGCAUUCGCUUAAGUCUCGAGAUCAAGUCAAAUAUGUGUCUGUUUUAAACUUGUGCCAAAUACGGAAUAUUUACCAAAUCGUGAAGCUCGACCAGAUUGGAACCAAUAAAGAUAAACUGCUUUCGAUUUACUCUUACACUUGUUUUACAGAAGAAAGAAGAGCCCUUUCUCAAAUUAAUUCCUAGCGUGGAAGAAAUACUUCCAUGAUUUGUUUUGAUAAAUUUAAAUUUGUUUUGCCCUCCCUUUGGUUGGUGGGCUUGACGGUAUUGCAAACAUCAUCACAUACAAUCAAUUAGCGUUACAAUUUGAUAAAGAUAUGCGUUACAGUUUUUAGUUUCAUAAUUGAAUUUAAUGAAUAAUAUAUGGAACGACUUGAAUAAGAUGUUGAUUGCAUUACGCUCCAACAUCCGGGGUUGGAGAGGCCGGUAGGGCUUAACUGAGCUCUUUUUUAUGUUUUAUUUUCAUACUACCGGCCCUUAUUACCAGUGUGAAGUGAAAAUUAAGUAGAGUAAACGUAUCCCAAUUGGGUUUCACACGAUGACAAUAAAUAAACGGUAAAUCGAAUCCAUCUUUGACGUUUAUUGGUGGUUUGUGUACCAUGGAAUACUGUGGAAUGAAAUAGAAUAUUGUAGAAUAUAAUAAAAUAAUAAUGACCGAACCAAUGAGCAAACCACUGAUAGCUGUCAAACGAUGUUCAUCCAGUUUAUAUUGUGAGGAUGUAUCGUUUGGGACCUGAUGGGUGAGAUGAUGUGUGAAUGAAUUGUAAGAGUGAGUGCAUGCAAGAACGGUAAUAAAGGCCACCGUUUCAGCUCAGGACUAACGAUCGACCAAUAGAAUGGAUAGAAAUUGGGUAACGGUACCCCCAUUCAUCUCAAAUCCAUUAGUCAUUUCAUGUACGAAAACCAUUAGUUAGAGUGAGAUCUGUUAUCUCUGUUUGAUAGAUUAAUUUCAAGAAUAACAUGAAAUUUGGAGCAUUUUUUUUUGUUCGUUAAAACAGCAGUAUUGAAUCAUUUCUGAACUACUUUUAUGUGCCAUUGCUUCUUACAGACAAGGCAAAGAUUUUGUAUUCGAUUUUAUCUCAAUAAAUUUAUUGAAAGUCGAGUAAUCGGUAAAAUAACAUGGUGACUCUACUAAUGAGAUGACUAUUGGCACACAAAUUUUAGUUAGAAUCUAUUAGAAUAGAAAUAGUAACUCAAUGUUGUGAUGCUUGCUUGUGGAAUACAUGUAGGUAUGUAUGCAUGUGUGUAUGCGUAUGUGCCUGUGUGUAUGUAUGUGUUUUUGUGUGUACAACAUACAUUAUACCGUUCCCUCGGGUGUGUUGUAUCAAAUUGGUUGUGACACAUUUCGAUUGCGAGUCAGUGUACCAGAUGUUCAAAAGUGCCUGAGCGGAUGGUAAUAUACUGUCAAGAAUCAACCGAAGAUAACGAAAUGUGAACAUGCUGUAGCAAUACUAUUAAACCCAAGUGUUAUUAUCAUUUAAAUAAAAACGCAUGUCCUCAGUUCUUAUCCGUCAAACCAUGAUGAGCUGCUCUACAAAGAUCAAUGAAACACUAAUUUUUAUUUUUUUUAUUUUUAUUUUUUUUAUUUUUUUUUUGUUUUUUUUUUUGGAAACGGAUGACUGGAUGAGGAACAAGAAGUACGAAAAUGGUGAAAGAAUUAGAAAGGAAUAUUGGCAGCAACAUAACAUGCCAGCAAAAGUACGGAGUGAAAAAUGACAACAAAAGACACGAAUCACAGCUGAAUAGAACACUGGAAUUAAGGUAAAACAGAAUACAAACUAUGAACAAAGGUAAGAAAACCAACAUGAAGAAAUAAUAGAAACUGCUGGGUAACAAUGUAAUUUCCUCAUAUUGAAAGAGGCGUUUAUAUGGCGCGCAUGCGCUAAUUCGGCCUGAUACAAAUUAACGGGGAGGGCAAUACAUUUUGGACAGGGCUGUAAAAAGCUGAUUGGAACCCUUUCCCCACCAAAAUGUAAUAUAAGGAAACUAUAAGGAUAAAUUUAAAUUUGUUUUGAAUGAUUUUAUCGCUUGCUGCUAUACGAGCAUUAAAUUUCAUUAUUAAGUGAAUACUAUGGAAUAUUGAAUUUCAAAGUCUCAGAAAUUUUUUAUUGAGUGGUUGAUACCAUCGAUUGGGGAACACCAUCCUAGGAUCUCAAAUCCGUACACGUACUCUAUGUACCAUCAGAGACGAUUUUUAUUCUACUUACCUACUCACACUUUAUUUAGUGACCAAUUUCUCUUCGUGUGUUGUUUAGAAAAAACAUUCAAGAUAUGCGUUGUCCUUCCGAUGAUUGAGUCUGGAAAUCAGUUAAAAAUAAAACGUUUGAUUUCCAGUCUUAACGCACAGGGUCAGAGAGUUUUUCACAGGGCAACUGCUCCCUUAUUUAUCUCAGCUCCACCAUUCAUCUCAUAUAGGAAAACCAUUAAUUAAAGCAGCCCAUUGAUUGUAGGCUGAGUACAUGCUAACUUGACUGAUGAAAUGAUUAUUGGUAAUUUUUUUUAAGCAAAAUAACAUGCUAACUUGCCUAAUGAAAUUCCGUUUCACUCUUUUUUUUUUUUCUUUCUUAAGUACGUAUGGCUGGCAAAACAAGAUAAUUCGAAGAAGCAAAUUUCGACCGCUUCUAACAUUUGGAAGGAUAACGUAUUUAUGAAAAAAAAAAAAAACAUUUGGAAGGAUCGUGUUAGACAAGUGAAAUAUUCCUAUCCCGGCUACUGCUCGAAGUUGUAGAGUCACAUCGGUCACACGUAUAAAAAUCCAGUGCCGGUACCAUGAUUGAGAAAUUAUGAAAUCAUGAAACUUGUCUUCUCAUGAGAUCAUAUCUAUUAUUAAUGAUUUUAUUAGCAAAAUGAUUUAAAUCAUGAAAUUUUUUAUGGGAUUUGCCCACAAAAUCAUCAGAGUUUCUGGAACUCUUUGAGAAUGUAUAUUCAUCACUUUUUCAAUGCAACAAUGCAACAACCGUUUCCGGCAGAAAAUAUGUCCCCGGAAAUUGACUGAUCGUCUGAAUCGUACUCAAAACUGUCUGAGCUUAGGUAUUACGUGAUGAAACGUGAUUUCAAAAUCGCGACUUAGCAUUUAAGGUUGUAACUGGCAAACUUUUCCAGUCUUCUAGAAAAAAAAUCUGCCCUUCGCGUACAAGUGGGACUGAGCGGAUGUAAACUAUACACUCUAAAGAGAAAUCGGACAAGCUUUGGUUGAUUUGGAUCACGCAUGUUAUAGUAACGCAAAUGUCGCAAGAAUUUUCGCUCACCUACUUACAACGACUUAAUAUAUAUCAUUGGAAAUGCUAAAUUUUAUUUUUAUUAACAAGGAGACAGUUCAACAGCGGAAUAAAGUGCCAAAAUUUUGCCUCUGUUGUGAUUAUCUAUUUUUGAUUAAGGGGCUGUCCAUAAAAGACG